AUGCUCUCAGGCCGAGGGAUCGAAGUAGAAGAAGUCAAAGCCCAGCUCAAAGCCCAGGAGAUCGAGACGCCCUCUUGGGGAUAUGGCAAUUCUGGGACGCGCUUUGGCGUUUUCAAACAGCCUGGUGCCGCCCGCGAUGUCCACGAGCGGCUUUCCGACGCGGCCCAGGUGCAUAAGGUGACAGGUGUCUGUCCCGGCGUGGCUUUGCACAUCCCUUGGGACAAAGUGGAUGACUACGACGCUCUGGGGCAAGAAGCGGCGGAAUUGGGCGUGUGCAUUGGGGCGAUCAAUCCCAAUGUCUUCCAAGAGCCUGAAUACAAGUUGGGUAGUUUCGGCCAUCGGGACCCGGCGGUGCGUCGCAAAGCCCUCGAUCACAUGUACGAGUGCGCGGAUAUCAUGCAGCAGACAGGGUCCACCGUGCUGAGCCUUUGGUUUGCCGACGGUACGAACUACCCGGGCCAAGACGACAUCAUCGAACGCAAGCGGCGAUUUGAAGAAUGUCUGAGGGAGACGCACGCGAUGCUGCCCGAAGGAGCGCGAAUGCUCAUUGAGUACAAAUUCUUCGAGCCAGCAUUUUACCACACUGACAUUGCCGACUGGGGUAUGGCGCUCAAUUUUGCCAUUAAGGCUGGGCCGAGGGCCGAAGUGCUAGUCGAUCUAGGGCACCAUCCCCUCUCCACCAAUAUUGAGCACCUCGUGGCCCUACUCCUCGACGAGGGUCGGAUGGGUGGUUUUCAUUUCAACAACCGCAAAUACGCCGAUGACGAUGUGACGACCGGGUCGGUCAACCUCUACGAGGUCUUCCUGAUUUACCACGAGAUUCUCAACGCUGAGCGGCGCGGUGCCGCCGCGGCUAACAUCGCCUACAUGAUCGACCAAAGCCAUAUUAUCAAGCCCAAAGUCGAGGCAAUGAUCCAGUCGGUGCUCAACAUCCAGACGGCCUAUGCCCGUGCAUUGCUGGUCGACCGCACGGCACUAGCUGAGGCCCAGGCGGAGGACGACGUAGUGGCAGGCGAAGAAAUCUUGCGCAAUGCCUAUGACACGGAUGUGCGGCCCUUGCUGGCGAUUGUGCGCCAGGAGCUGGGGGCCGCAGCCGAUCCGCUAGGUGCUUAUCGCCGCAGCGGCUACUUUGAGCGCAUCGCUCUAGAAAGGCAGGGCGAAUUAAAAGGGGCUGCUAGCUGGGGUUGA